AUGCCCGAUGCUAUACUUUUCAACUUCAUCCCCAUAACUUCUCUACUGAGGGGUGUUCCUGGAAGAGGAUUUUUGUCUCAUGCAGUUAACCUUUACCUUAGAUAUAAGCCUCCAAUAAGUGAUUUGUGGUACUUUUUGGAUUUUCAAUCGCAUAAGAUAUGGGCCCCCAUUCAUAAUGACCUCUCGUUGGGCCCAACUGGAAAUAACAAGAUAUUGCAAACACCAGCAUUGCAGUUCAACUUGAUGGGCCCAAAGCUAUAUGUGAACACAACUCAAGUAACGUCGGAAAAGAGUCCGGUCACGGGAGUGCGGUUGUACUUGGAGGGCAUCAAGGGAAAUAGGUUAGCCAUUCAUCUCCAGCACCUGGUAACCCCUCCUCUUCUCCUACAGCGCCAACGACAAUCACAGUUGUGGUGGCGGAGCACCCAACACAUAACAGACAGCCAACAUUACUUUGAAGCCGUCCAGUGGAAGAAAUUCUCCCACAUCUGCAUAGCCCCGCUCUCUGGAUGUUAUGUCGUGCAGUCCAGCUGGAUGGACCGUGCGUCCGACUGCCACUCCAUCAGAUCUGCCUUUUUCUCUACCAUUAGCGCCUCCUCCAUUCGCGAUCGGGAUCCCGAGCAAGUGAUUGUGGACUCUGGAGUUUAUCCGACGGGCCCACCUGCCGCUCAAUUGCAGAAGAAGAUGUUGAGAUUUGUGGACACGUCCGAGAUCUGCCAUGGGCCGUCAGAUAACCCAGGCCACUGGUUGGUCACGGGGGCCAAGUUGGAUUUGGAUAAGGGUAAAAUAUGCCUCAGGGUCAAAUUCUCGCUCUUGAAUUUCGCUUCUUGA